AUGACAACUCGACCACGUUUAUUUGCCCGUACAUGUGAAGUAAAUAGUAACUUCGAACAAAUAUCGUCAUCAAAAUACUCUAUUAUUCUACUACUGGAUACAUUUUCAGAUGAUAUGUAUUUACGUCACGAACUCGAUCAUCUUUCUGACUGCCUCUGUUUUCAAGCAUAUACUACAGAUAACUGUUUAGAUUUAAUAAAUCAAGAUGAUAUCAAAGAUGGUUUAAUUUUGCUUAUUAUUUCAACUCCAUUCGUUGACUUUGUUUUCGAUACCUUGUUAGAAAUUGUGCCACAAUUAUCAUAUAUUUAUUUAUUUGAUAAAAUUCCAGACAAAGAAUACUCAGUUCAUGAUAUACGAUUUCGUGGUAUAUUCGAUAAUUGUCAAUUCUUAAUUGACCAAAUACGUCAGGACAUUGAAAAAUUUGAAGUUUCUACUCAUAAAAGCAAAGGCAUUCAAUAUAUACUUGAAGACAGUGCAACAUUUUUUUGGUAUCGAUUCUUCUUUAAUAUUCUAGACCGUUUAAAACAUACUGACAUCGCAAAACAUGAAAUGACUCGUCGAGUUCGUACUAUACAUGGAGAUGGUACAUGUAGGGUGGAAGAAAUUAAUGUGUUUGAGGAUGCAUAUGAAUCUGAUCAUGCUAUCUAUUGGUACACUAUAGACAGUUUUUUCUAUCGUGAACUUAACAGAGCAUUACGUAGUCAUGAUAUCAAUCAGAUAUUUUUAUGGCGAGCUUAUAUUAGUGAUCUCGACAGAAAGCUUCGAGAAAUAUGCUCAGAACAAAUGAAUUGCCAGUCAAGGUAUAUGUAUCGAGGUCAAGUGCUUCAUAAAUACGAUUUAUGUAAGCUGGCAAAGAGUGUAGGUAAAUUAAUCUCAAUCACUUCUUUUCAAUCUACAAGUUCGAAUCUCAAUAUUGCGAAGGUUUUUGCCGGAGAUGGUGAAGUUGAUUUCCCUUUUCAACCAGUUGUCUUCAAGAUACUUAUUGAAUCAAACAACAAUAAAAUAGUAUGUGCCGAUAUCUCCAAACUAAGUGACUUCGAAGAUGAAAAAGAGCUCCUAUUUUCAAUACGAUCAAUGUUUCGUAUCGAACGAGUUGGAUAUUAUGGUAAUAUAUGGUAUAUUGAUUUAACAGCUGUAGAUGAAGACGAUCAACAAUUUUGUACAGCAAUCAAUCCGUGGAAAACAACUAUUAGUGAACAAAGUUUUUUUUCUGGACGCCAUGAACCAUUAUUUACUCGAUUUUUAAUCGAUGAAAAUAGCUCUUUCUUAGCUUUUCAACUACUUACUGAUAUAAUGUUACGACUUCAUCAAACUGAAUUUGCUCGACAAGAAAUGAUUGAAAUGUGUCGAUUGAAAUAUAAAAAUAACUUAACUAAUUUAGAGAAGAUCAAUGAAUUUGAAAGCUCUUAUCAACAUAGUGAUGCCUUAGAAUGGUAUACAACAAACUCUUUUCUUUAUCGAAUUCUUCAUCAAGCACUUCGAAUAGAAGAUAUUGACACUAUUUUUAAACUACGUUAUUAUAUUUAUGAUUUACAUAAUCAAUUAGCUCAACUUCAUAGAUCUUAUCUUUACUCUUUACCAUCGGAUCAACCAAUACUAACACUUUAUCGUGGACAACGUAUGAAAAUUACUGAAUUGACAAGACUUCAAGAGAAUGUUGACAAAUUAAUAUCUAUGAAUAAUUUUUUAUCAACAACAAACAACGUUACAGCUGCUGUUUUUUUUGCUGGAGAUGGCUCUCUUAAUAAUACAGACGAGGAAAUAUCAGUUCUUUAUCAGAUCACAAUUGAUACAAGUGUUUCUCAUUCUAUUCCAUUCGCAAAAAUUCAGUAUAAAAGUAUAUUUCAAGACGAAGAUGAAGUUUUAUUCUCCAUGGCUUCAGUUUUUCGAAUAGAUAAUGUUGAACAGUAUGGAGCGUUGUGGGUAGUUGAAUUAACAUUAAUCAACAAAGAAGAUGAAACAUGGAAUAUUCUCACAGCUCAUUUAAAUAAAUAA